UAACCUACAGCGACGCGGAGAGAAUGUGGUUAUGUCAGGUUAUGUUUUUGUAAUCAUAGAAUUGCACCUUUCCAAGUUUCACCAUCAAAGUGCACAAUAAAAAUUAAUAAGAAAUGAAUUUUCUUACUAGACAAUAUUUCAGAAUUUUACAGAGCAACGUUAGAAAUCAGAAUGCAUUGUGCAAUUUCGGCAGGGCUUUCAACUUUAAAAGUGAGGUAUCGCUAGAAAAAUUGUACCCGGAAAGCAAACAGAAAUUGUAUACACCAAGCUUUGUACCAGAUCCUAAAGCAAAAUUCAGUGGUUACAUACCCAUAGACAAGGUACAAAUAACAUACAGUGGUAGCAGUGGUCCGGGGGGACAAAAUGUAAACUGUGUGAAUACCAAAGUAGAUUUAAGAUUCCAAGUGAAUAAUGCUACUUGGUUGUCGGAGGAAAUUCGAACAAAAUUAGCAGAGCAGGAAAAAAACAAGAUAAACAAAGAUGGGUAUUUAAUAAUUAAAUCAGACUUAACGAGAUCUCAACAUUUAAACUUGGCAGAUGCUCUUGAAAAGUUAAGAACAAUGAUAAGGGCUACUUUAGUAGAGCGACCAAAGCCAUCGCUUGAAUCAAUAGAGAGAAUAAGAAAAAAUCAAUUGAAAGCUGCUAGGCAGAGACUUCAUGAGAAGAGAAUUCAUUCGCAAAUUAAACAGAAUAGAAAAGCUCCUGUGCCUGACUUUUAAAACGAUUAAUUUAUUUAUAUAAAUCAAUUUAUUAUAUAUCAAUUUAUUAAUCUACUUAUCAAAUAUUGUACAGUUAUAGAGGAAUAGAGGAAUAAAUUAUAUAAGUGAAG